UUAUCAAAUACGUAAAAAAAUAAAUAUCACGUGGUUUAGUGCGAUUCUCCUACAAUAUUUUCUUUCGAAAUAAUCACUAUCAUGAAUUUUUGAUUUUUUUAUUCUUAGAUUCUUAUAAAUGGUUGUUAUAUUCUGUGAUGGUGCUCCCGAGAUCUUAGAUUCUACCAUAGUAUACAGAUUGUAAGAUUUAUUCAAAAUGACCGAAGUUAAUGAAAUUAUUACAACUUUUGAAAAAUUGACUGUAAAUCCAUUGGACUAUCUAAAUGUACAAACCAGUUUAUCUGAAGAAGCAACAAAGUUAUUGAAACUACUUUAUGAUACUACAAAGAAAGUUGAAAUAAAGACAAACGAUGUCGAAGAUGAUACUCUUCCUGAACUAAUUGUGGAAGAUUUCGAUGAGGAACAAAUAUGGCAAGAAUUGGAACUUCAAAAUUCAGCUCGAUUAAAAUUGUUGGCUAAUACUAUUAAGAAGUUUUCUAAUAACGAUUUGAUUUUUAUCAAUGCAUCUGAUGAAUCAUACCAAAAGAAAUCUGAAGUAGAUAUGGAUGGAUUUGAAAAUUCUGAAAAUUUAGAAGAUUCAGAUGAAAAUGAAGAAUUGGAAGAUGAAUAUGACUCAGACAAGGAUAACAUUUCUGAUUUAGAAGAUUCAAAUUCUAAAUUAAAGUAUAAAAAGUCAAUAGUCGAUGAUGAAUUUUUCAAAUUGUCUGAAAUGGAAAACUUUCUCUUAUCUGAAGAAAAACUGGAGUCUACCAAAGAUAAACCAAAAAAACUUGAAGAUGAUAUUGACUUGUUUCAAGAUCUACAAUCUGAAAAUGAGGAGGAUGAAGAUAAUUUUGGUCCUAUGUAUCAAGAAUUCUUUGAAAAAAAUUCAAAAGUAUCUGGAAAAAAUAUCAAAUCUAAAAAAAAUGUUAGAUUUGCGAUGGAUGAAGAUAGUAGUGAAGACAAUGAAAAGAAUAUUAAUGAAAUUGGUGAAAAAGAUAAUGAACAUUUAUCUACUCUAGAAAUGAGAUCAGCACGUCUUCAAAAACGCAUAGCUAAAUUAGAAGAAGAAGCAGUAUCUGAUGACAAACCUUGGGCUCUGAAGGGCGAAGUUGCAGCUAAGGACCGCCCUCAAAAUUCUUUAUUAGAAGAAGCUGUUGAAUUUGAUGUCUGUACUCGUCCAGCACCAGUUAUAACUGAAGAAACAACAGUUAAAUUGGAAGAUAUUAUUUUACAAAGAAUUAAGGAUAAAGCAUGGGAUGAUGUUGAACGAAAAAUAAAACAAAUUAAAGCACCUCAAGAAUUUAGAAAACAAUUGGUGUUGAAUCAAGAGAAGAGCAAAGAUAGCUUAUCUCAAAUUUAUGAAAAAGAAUUCAUUAAACAAAGAGAAGCGGCGGACCCUGAAAACAAAAAUAAACCUGAGGAAGAACCAAAAGAACAUAAAGAAAUUGAUUUAAUGAUAAAAGAAUUGUUUAGAAAACUAGAUGCACUUACUAACUAUCAUUACACUCCUAAACAGGCUAUUCCCGAUUUGAAAAUUGUGAAUAAUUUACCAGCUAUAUCUAUGGAAGAAGUAGCUCCUACAACUACUACUGAUGCAUCAUUAUUAGCUCCUGAAGAAAUACAAAGUAAAUUCCAAGCACCAAUUCUUGGGAGAGAAGAACGUACUAGUACAGAUAAAAAGCGUGAGCGACGAAAAAAGAAGCAUUUGCAACAUAAAAAACGUAUAUUCAAGGAAUCUAAAGCCAAAGAAAUGGAAAAACGUGGUAUUAAACCAAAUAAAAACAAAGAAAGUGCAUUAAAAGAAUUGAAGCGUUUAACAAGCAGUGGACAUCAAGUCAAAGAAUUGAAAUCUGUUGAUGAUAAAAGUAUGAAAACAUCUACAGACUUCUUUUCUAGACUACAGGAUCAAGCCAAAAAUGAAAUAAACGGGAAGAAAAGAAUUAAGAAAGAAAAUGAUAAAAAUAAUUCUAAAAAGUUUAAAAAGUGA